CGCCCCCCCCCGCAACGGUCCGCCGGCUCCACCCCUCCCCCUCCGCGACCGUUGGGAGCUUUGAAUGGGACGCCGAGCGCGCGCGCGCAGCAGCCCCGCCCCCCCGCGCGCCAUGGCGGCACCCUGGCUCAGCCCGUGACAGCAGCAGGAGGCCGAGGCCGCCGUCUCCCGCCGCCCUCCCCCUCCCCAGCAGCGGCCCCGGUUUUCGCCCUCGGCGGCGCGGCGCGGUGGGAGGGGCCGCCAGCGAGCUGUCAUGCAGGACCCUACCCCGGAACGCGGCGGUAGCGCCUGCCCCGCCGAGGAGAGGCGGGGGGCGGCGGGGCCGGCGGCGAGCGGCGGUGCCUCCUGGCUCCAGAGGGUCUUUGAGGAAGUGCGGGGCUCCUCCCAGCUGAGCGUGGCCCCGGCGGAGCCGCCCGCCGUCACGGUGGUGGCGGUGGAGCGGUACCUGGCCGAGGCGCCGCCGCCGCCCGCCGCCGCUCCGCAGUACUGGUACGACGUGACGCUGGCGGACGGCGCCUGCCAGGAGCGCUGCUACCUGGCGCCGCGCCUCAACGGCCUGGUGCAGCGCGCGCACCUGCGGGCCGGCGCGCGCCUGCGCCUCACCCGCUGCUCCUACCUGUACGACGAGAAACGCCUCAACUACGGCUUCCUCUGCCUGGAGGAGCUGGAGCGGGUCGGGGGCGCCGGGAGCCCCGUCGAGCCGCCCCGCCGCCGCCCGCCGCCCCUCCGCGGCGGGGUGAAGAAGCACUACCUGCCGCUGUGGAACAAUGAGGAUCCCUACGGUGACAUGUGGGUGGCGGACAAGCCCCAGGCGCAGGUGGACGUCGACGUCUCCAAGCUGACUUCUCUUGGUCAGCUGGAAAUGACCUGGAGAAGCAGAGUUCACUUCCAUCCACUUCUUGUGAGAGUCCUGCACAAAUCUAGACUAAGGUACUACGGGAAACCAGACAAAAAACUGGAUAUGCCUUAUCAGGCUUACUUUGAAGUUGCUGAUGGUUCAGGCAUGAUGUCAAUGGUUUUGUGGAAUUCAUUAUGUCCUGAAUGGUAUAACAGUAUGAAGGUUGGCACGGUACUUCUUCUUGAGCAGUAUGCUAUCAAAACCAGUUACCCGUUUAAAACACAGCCAACCCCAGGGGAUUCACAGAUGAAGAGAUUUGCUACAAUUGAAAUCAGCCUUAAUGUUCGAGACCCUCCUACUAAAAUAAGUAUUAUUCCAGAAGAAACAGUUAAGCCAGAGUGGGGAUUACCUGAAGUUAAAUAUCGGUUUAUCACAAGGUCAGAACUGGAUGGCUUGCCAAACAAUCAUUCCUGUGAUGUUAUUGGUCUUGUGACAUUUGUAGGAAGGGCUGAACGAGCACGGAAGAGAGAACACGGUGAAGACUUCUGGCUCUAUCGCUGGGCACAUGCCAUUGAUGGGACCUCGGACCAACCAUUCAUACUGGAAUUGUUUGCAACUUCUCAGCCAGAUGUGUUCGAGCAUAUUCACCCAAUGACAUAUUUGGUGUGUACACAGAUGAGAGUGGUACGGGACCUCACUGAGAAUCCUUCCAGCACAACUUACCUUACAACUUCAAAUGAAAGUCAAAUAUUCAUUACAGGGUGGCACAAGGGCCAGCCAUACACCAAGGACACCAAAGUGAAAAACUUCAUUCAGUGGACUAAAACACAAAAUGAAGCUGAUCAAAUGAAGAAAACUGUCAUUGGUGGCUAUUAUCCUUUUCCACGACCUCCAGAUAACUUUUUGAAAUAUUGUAAAAACAAUAAAGUUGAAUCAGUUUUGAAAGCCAUAGGUGAAACGGGGAAAGAGAUUGAAGACUUGCACUACAGAGAACACAAGCGCAUCGCUGUUCAGGGAAUAAUUAGUGCCAUAAGAUACAUCAGCUGUAGCGAUGCGGCUGAAGAAGCCUCAGGAGUGGAACUUGUUCAGAAAGAUACUGCUCAGUGUCCUGAAAGUUCUGCUAUGUCCAAUGAAGACUGUGUUCACAAGGGAAAAAACACCAGCCUUCAAAAUAAAAAAGUUAAGUCUUUUCUGGGGCCACAUUGCACUCCUGGGGAACAACAUCAGCACCAAGCUCUACCGUCAAAAAAGAGGGGAAGUGCAUCUGUUAUUCCUUACCCCUAUUUCACACGGUCUGCAAGAAGAAAAUUUGGCUUGGAUGAAUUUCAACAUGAAGAGUUUGUGCAAGACAAAAUCAGACAGGCUGUAUCAGACAGUUUACAGGACUGCACAGACCGAGAAGGAAUGAGUGACAGACCUGAAACUGAAGAGACUGGAAGAACUUGUGAUUCAUGGCAGAGUGACCUAUGGGCACAAGUGAAAGACAAGUUAAUGAAAUAUUUGCAUCACAGCACAAUUUUCCCAGAAAGCAUCCCGCGUAAAUUUGAUUAUGUGCACAAAGACUUACUUAUGCAACAGUACAACCUUCAUGCAGCGGUGCACCAGCCAAAAGAAACCAGAGCAGAUAAAAAUAUCAAUGAGUUCAAAAGUGCGAGUGGCCUUGGGUAUUACGAAGUGACAGUUCUGGGUAUAAAUCACGAUGUAGCAAUAGAUGUUGCAUUUCUUCCACUGUUUUGUCCUGAAGACCCCCACUUAUUCCAGCUAGAAGACAUUCAAAAUGACACAUUAUUGUCUUGUAUGAGUUGCAUCUCUGCAUGUCAGCAGGCGGCCACUAACAAUGGGAGGCUUCGUGACAUGUUUCCACUUUCAAAUGAAAUUAUAAAAGCAGCAAUGGAUCUAGACGGCAAACAUGUUGUCUGCAUCUUGGACAUCUGUCACUUGGGUGAUGAUAAGGUGGAAGUAUUUCUGAGCAAAAUCUACAAGACAGUGGAGCCUGGUGUGCUGGAUCCAGUGUAAUUUAAUAACUUAUUUUCCAAAUUUAUAUUCUUUGAAAGGAGGGAAAUAAAAUUGCUGUAACUUGAAUACACCCUCUACACAUUGCACUUUCCUAGAAGUAGCAGACACAAACAUAAAGUUAUGAUUCUUAGAGCAAUUGUAAUGGUCAUCCGAGUAACCGAGAAGGACGAUUGUUGUCCUUAUUUUUUGGCAGUCUUGAAAAAGAUUACACAAUGUCUUGCUCACUUAUGUUCAAGAAGGACGAAUAGGCAAUGCAGUGAGCUUAUAUUUUGGUAGGAUACUGAGGAGUAUGACUGCCAUCUCUCUCUCUCUCUCUGCCUGUGCACAUACAUACACAGGAAAUGUAUGUAUCAGGGUGAGAACUGAGAAGAGAGGCAGACUUUCCCAAUGUUAAAGGCAAUGUCUGCAAAAGAGUUAACUGGCUGGGAUAUAAAUUUAGGAUGGAAAUUAGAAAAAUGUUUAGGAUUAGAGCUCUGAUAUGUUCUAUAGUGAUCUUUAAGUGGGAGGUGAUAGGGGCAGCCUAACUGCUCCUUAGGCUUGAGGAUUAGCUGUGUUUGUGAAAGGGAUUAAAUACCACAGUGCCUUUAGCACCUGGGACUGGACUCAGUGAUCCAAGAAGCCACUUUCAGUUCUUUCUACCUGAGCAAGGUCAACUGCUCUGUUGUUAUGUCUGCUUUUGUAUAUAUGGCGUUGGGUAGUGAGUAUAGCAUCCAAAGAGUUUUAAUGUAUUUAAUUUAUUAAUUAAAAAAUAAUGAAAUAUUUUAAAAAAGAAACUUUGGUAGUUGAACUUGCUUCUAGCUUUGCAAAAGAACUGUGUUUAAGGAAUGCUUAGCAUGGCAGGAUACACAGUUUGUCACACCAUUAGGUUUUUUCCUGUUGAUCUUCACUAUCCUCUUUUUAGUGUUCUGAGUACAUGAAGGAGCUCAGCAGCUGCGAGAAGCUGCUACCUCCACAAAAGCAAGAGGCUCUGUAAAAUUCUGCCACCUUUUUGCCUAUAUACUAAGUAGCAGUUGGCUCCUGCUGAGUUCAGGAUCAAGUCCCACUUUUUCAUCCCAUGUCAGACAGCCUCAGAUCAUUUAUACAACUGGAUCCUUAGGAAAUUUUUCUCAAGCAGGAGCUAGAACACAUUGUCACCUUGUCCAUGUGAAAUGCUGGUCUCAGUUCAAUUCUUCAAGAAGAAGUGAUUGAAUUAUGGAAGCUUGCCAAUUGAAUUGUACCAUUAUUGACCAAAGCCCACAGAGUUAAUUUAUAGGGACAGAAUUAUUCUUUUGUGGAAAACUUCUAGGCAUGUUUUAGCAGCCUGUUGGUAACUGGGGAGUCUCUCUUUCAACUAGUAGCUCAUUCGUCUGCCCAAGGGACAGCGGACUUUGUCUUCAAGUACUUAAAUUCUGUACCCAAACUUCCAUCGAUGGUAACUGAAAGAGAAACUGUCUUUAUUAGAGUUCAUAGGCAACUUCAGAUAAAAAGCCUUAACAUUCUAAAGAAAUUGAUGAAAUUAUUCUGUCUCCCUAGUGUGGUUUGCAGUUUUAAAAUGUACUAAUGAGGAAAGUUUAACUUAAAUUGCACACAGACUGAAACUUAAUUAAAUGUGACUAUGUAUUUUAUGUUUAUAUUUUGUAUGCAUCAUAGAGUAUUAGUUCUAGAGCAAUGUUUGUCAACCCAUGCCUUUCAGAGUACAUUGUAACCUUGCCGCAGAAGGCAAAAUGAAAACAUACCAGCCAGCGAAGAGCUUGCAAUACGUUAUUUGUGUAAUUUUGUUGCUUAUGGGUAUGUGAAGAUUAGAGGCCAUUGCUCUAGAGUGAGAAAGAUAAGCACCAGCACUUCGUGUACCAAACUGAGCCAUGCUGACUGUGUCAGCCAGUAUUUUUUAUUUAGAUAUACUUCAGAUCGAAGUCUAAUUUUAAUGAAACCCUUAUGUCUAGAAGCAAUUUUUAAAGUUAAUUAUCUUUGUAUGAAAGGACUGAUGUGGCUGACAGUGUUGCAGAACCACUCUAUUCAGUUGUUUUCAGCCACUUCGUCCACCCCGUGCAACAGAAAUGCAGCACAGGCUGUUGGCUGCAUUGCACUGCUUAGUACACUUUAAACAUGUAGCAUUAAUCAUUUCAUCCUCCAUGUUGGGACUUCCUAACUCUAAAAGACAUUUCAAAAUGGUUUGGAUGUAAGACUUUAUAUAAUUUUAUUUUAGAGAAGUGUUGUUUGAAAUUUUUAAUGGGGAAAGCGGGGAAGGAGAGAUGUUUGCUUCUGCAGAACGAAGUGCCAACUCUAGAAGCACAAGCUUUCUGUGUGUAGCUAGAGAACAUUCAAUGCCCAUAGUAGACUUGGAAUUUCAAUACUCUGGGUCAUUCUGUAGAGGCACUUACGCCAUCCCUGUAAGUUAUGCUGAACUUAAUAUGACAACUUCAGUUUCUGAAGUGUUGCAGUGUUAAUAUACGGUUCCACCACCGUCCCCCUCCUCCCUGCCAAACCAGCACUGUAGGGCUGGUCGUCUCUGCAAAGAAACUACUUACUGUUUUAUUUCACUUGGUGUUUACUGACACAAGUAUAAAACCAAUGUAUUUUUGAUUCUGAGUCUGUCAAAACAUGUUAAUUUUGCCAUGUUAAACCAAGGUAUAAAGUCUUUACUCCGGCAAAAUGUCAUAGGAAUUGUCUUUCUGCUGUGUAUUGCCACUGCCGAGGGUGAAAUACUGUCAGAGCACAUUCCCUAACCGAAGAACUGUACUCUAAAUUCUUGCAUUUGCAUGUUUCUUGUAUUUCCAGCAUUAAUUUCAAAGAAAAGCAGAAGAAGGUAAACUCUAUGUAGCUAGCGGUACAUCUGAGGAUAUAAAACUUGCUAAGUGAGAGAUCUUAGUGGCAAGAUCAGUUUCGAAUUCAUGUGAUAUAGAAAACUGGAGAAAGCAAAUAAAUGAAUUGAUACA